AUGGCUCCCGGCCAAAGAGACAUCAAUGACACUCGCUGUCCUGGGUGUGGUCUGAUAAGACCAUGUCCUUGCGAUGCGGAAAAGAACAUUCAUGGAACAGAGCCGCAGGGAAGGGGCCUUGGAGAGCCGAUUAUAAUUCUGAACAACCGAAGAAAAUCAUCAGUGAGGAGACAUUCGUAUCCAGCACCGGGUAAGAUAAAAUCAUGCGUAUACCUUUGACUUUCUCCGUUUUCCAAAUCGGGACAGAGCUUAUACCGGAGCAACUACAGAAUACAGGGCCGUAUUUUAAGGUCCUAAACAGAAUUGGUUCGGUGGCUCGCUAGUCAAGACAAGUGUUUAAGGAACGCGAAAGAUGUAAAACAUGUAAGUACAAACAGACAUUAAAAAGACGCAAAUUUUAAGAGCAAGUAAAGGCAUAUAUUUAAGUAGCUCGGCGGCUCGGUGGUUCCUUAGUUGAGGUUAUAUAGUUGAGUGGCUCGACGGCUCGAUGGCUCGUCAGUCAGGACUACAUACCGAGCCGCCGAGCUGCCCCAACGAAUAUACCUAGAAAAUUUGCACUGUAUUCUGUAGUUAUAUACCCGCUUUUGGACCAUCUACGAGAAAUUUCUACUAUAACGUUAAGUUUCAUAACUAAUGAAGACGCCUAAUUAACAUCAUUGGCACAGUGAACUAGACAUGCGUGGAACAGCCCCUCAUAACAGGUUACACCUUAAAAUUGCAGUUUUGUUUGAAAUGUAUCCCCAGGUCUCCACGACAAAGGAGAGGAAGGCGAAGCACGGGGUCGCCCGUCGGCUGACCAACAGUCCACCAUCGAGACGCUAACAAGGCAUGCUGAUCUUCAAUCAAGGUUAACAUCGGCUUCUAAGGGCGGGAGGGCAUUAUCUUACCUCAGAGACAUCUUCGCGGCUAAUCCAGACAACAAGAUGGCGCUUAAGCUCUUUGGAAACAAAGCUGCUGUACUCUUAGAACAACGUCGACAGGAGCAGAAAGGCAAAGGUGUAAUUCAUCCUUUCAGUACCUUCCGGUGGUAUUGGGACAUAUUGCUUAUAGCCUUCAUCUCUAUGCAUGUGAUUUUACUUCCGGUCAGCAUCUCGUUUCUAAGCGAUGACUUAUCCCUGCACUGGCUCAUCCUCAACGGAAUUUCGGACUGUAUUUUUAUCAUAGACAUUUGCUUGAAUUUCAAAACUGGAAUCGUCGAUCCUAACAACCAAGAGGAAAUUAUAUUAGACAAGAAAAUUAUAGCUCAGAAAUAUCUACGGGGCUGGUUUGUCAUCGAUUUGUUGUCUUCACUUCCAUUCGACUAUGCUUAUUUCAUUGCCUCUUCAUCUUCUGCUCAGCAAACUCUCAUCAAGGCAUCGCGGGCUCUUCGCAUCCUCAAACUUGCUAAGUUGCUGAGUCUGUUGCGACUGUUACGGGUCUCAAGACUCGUUCGGUACAUUAAACGAUUUGAAGAGGUGAGUAUCGCAUGAGCUAAAUCAUCUACAGAAUAGAAUAAAAAUAAUAUAAAAAACCGACAGAGCACUGUACUUGCAUGUUAUUAAUUUGCACUUACUGUUGUUUAACAGAAAGGUUAUACUGUUCACAGUCUCCAAUUUUUUCGUAAGGUCGUCAGAAUCAAGCGCUUAUUGAUACGAGCGGCCACCUUGCAGUUCCAUAUGCCCGUUACGCAAUGUUUUUGAUCUCCGCGAUCUUAAGGAAAGAUAGGCAACUCUGAACAGUCUACAGAGAAGGAAUCGCAGGGCGUUGGCCGGGACAAGUGAUUUUCUCUGAAGUUUAAAUGCUUGUCCUUGAUAGUGGGAAGUGCGCUUAGUUCCAUUAUUCACUCUUGUGUUUAAUCAUUGAAUCUGCUUGACAGUCAUUUAGAAGGCUAAAAUCUCAUAUCCUUAAACAAAAAAUUAAAUGAAUCAAGACGUUAAGAGCAUGAAUUCAAUGACUCAUUGACAAAAGAAUUUUAUCCCACCAUUAUUGUAGCCCCUAAGCCAUACGUUUUCCUUCGGCGAUGGCCACGAUGGAGAUUACUAUGCAGAAGUCGUUUACUAUAAUGAUAUAGUACUAAAAACCCUUGAAUGCAGAGAUCCACUCAAGGCAUAAAUAAAACCGACUUGUUCCAUCUUGCUGGAUCUUAAUGUAGCGAUACUAGGGCUAGACGUCACUUGAGGUGGGAAUUAAAACGAAGCUAAAUGUAAAGUUGGCAAUACGGCAAAGGGCUCAUUUAUUUGGGGCCAAUAUUACGGCUAAAUUAGCCUCCCUCUGGGCCAGAGCUACACUGAAAGAAAAUACCAUAACCGCUCCUAAAAUUAUAGUUUAAAUUUAAAAAAGGGGUUAAUGAUAAACUAAAGGUGAGAACAAUAGAUAGCAUGGUAGAUAGUAUUUUCCUUCAGUGUGGCUCUGGCCCUGAGGAAUGCUUAUUUUGUUAGCCGAAAUAUUGGCCUCAAAUGAACUAGCCCUUUGCCGUAUAGGUGGUUUUCACGUUACGUCAUCGCCGCCAUGCUGGUGGACGGUAAACAAAAGAUCGCUCAUUAGCUCGCUUUGUUUGUCCACCAGCAUUUGUUCAUUUCACCAUUGUUAUUUGUGUCUCCCGAGAUUGCAUGAAAUCCACCUAUUGCCAGCCUUGCAUUCAGUUUUGUCCUAAUAUAGUACUUCUUGCUUCAUCUCUUUUCCUUUUCAGUUGCUUAACAUUGCCGCUGGCCAGCUUCGUAUUUUGAAGCUGAUUGGAUGCAUGCUGUUGUUAUCUCAUUGGAAUGGCUGUGUUCAGUUUCUCGUACCAUACCUACUAGAAUUCCCAGAAAACAGUUGGGUCGUAAUCAACCUGUUGCAGGUACCGAUAAGCUGUCGCCUCAUACACUCAUUAGGGCCAUUUAUACGAGGAAAAAUAAGACGCGAACUUUCCGUAUAAACGGCACAUUUCGUCUAAAAUAAGACGCAUACGCGGCUUAGCUAAGACGCGUCUUACUAGAUAAGACAUGCUCGUAUAAAUGGUACAGUUCGCGUCUUAUUUAAGACGCGUCUUAUUUUUCCUCGUGUAAAUGGCCCUAUUGUUUGCUCUUCUUUAACGAUGGGUUUUAAGAAACUAAGAAAAUUGUUUUCAAACGUUUUCUGAAAUAAUUAUUUUUAGGGGUUGUAACUAAACAGAAGUCUAAUUCCUGAGACGUUCGAACAUUUAGUCGAUUGUGAAAGGUUUGAACCCUGGAGUCACUUCAAAAGUAGGUUGAGUUUGAUCGUGCGGGUGAACGUAGUCCUGAAUAGGACUCACGGUUGUUGUUGACAGUGACUGACGUUUCGACAACCUGUGCGAUAGUCAUCUUCAGAGUCAAAGUGAGUUGUAUCACCGCUGUUGAUGGUAUUAUACUCUGGUUAUUGAUCUGAUUGGUCAAUUAUGUCGCGAUGUUAUUGGUCGUCUGUCAGUUAAGCCGUGAUGUUAUUGGCUAUGGAGACUCAUAAUCAGUAAUUGGUGCGUUUCGAUCCGCCUAUUGUCACAGUGAAACAGUUGUCUAUUGUUAUAGCCGUAUUAUAGCCGAUUAAUCGAUUGUUUGAAACGACAUCAAGCUGGUGUACGCCGGACCCGGGACGCGGGACCGCCUCAAAGCAAGCAAUUAAGGAUAUUGUUACGACGAACUGUUGAAUUCUCUUCCGAAAACGCUGAAUAGAAGUUUACGGACCUCUCUAGAAACCAACUUUUGGGUAAUUACAAGCGUUUUAUUGGUCUAAAAGUAAUUUUGGUAAAAUUCACAUAUCUCUAGGGCUGGUCUGGGCGUUUCCGUCUCUGUUCCAUUAAGGCUGAUACACACGAGGGGUUUUGCUCCCUGAGCAUGCUCCAGGCUCAUUUUGCACGUGUCAGUACACACGAGGGAGCGUUUUCAAGUUCCCUCAAUUUGCUCCGGGAGCUUGCUCCCAAAUAUUUAACCGGUUAAAUAUCGUGGAGCAUUUUGCGGGGUGGAAAUUCUGCUCCCGAGGAUGAAGUAUACCCAUGAAAUCGUUGGUACACACGGAGCAGCUUUGCUCCCGGAGCGUGCCCCUGGAGCAUGCUCCGGGAGCAAAACCCCUCGUGUGUAUCGGCCUUUUAGGGACUUAAAGAUGCCACGACAGCGACGACAACGAGAAUGUCAAAAAAGCAAUAGGUUGGAUAGGCAAAACAACAACUCUGCACGUGCAUCAGGCUUUUUGUAGAUUUCUUUGCCGUCACUGCACGACUACGACGGGAAAAAGUCUAAUAUCACGUCUUGUGGAGGACGUAUCCCUGGAGGACGUACACAAGCUACGGCUAAAUUUUCAUUUUCUUUCUCUUUCUGAACUUGAAUAUGGUUCUUAGGAAUUCCGCUCAAAGAGAGUUCGCUUGCAUUUGACAAAGUAAAUGAGUUAUAGUAAUCGAGAUAGAGAUUAAAAGAACGUAAAUCACUUUUUAAGCAACGUUUCCGUGGCCGUCACCGUCGUGUUAUCUUCAGCGCCCUAAUAUUUCUAUAGGAAGUGACAUACUGAAAAUGAAGAAAUGAUCGUCACAGUGAACGCAAUUUAUGCAACUGCGUAAAGAAGCCUGAAGAAAAAAAUGCAGGACUUCAACAGGGUAUGAACCCGUGACCUCGCGAUUACCAGUGCGAUGCUCUACCAACUGAGCUAUGAAGCCACCGACGUUGGGAGCAGGUCAAUUGCGGGACGUGACAUACUGUUUUCUCAUUUUCUUUUAGGACAGCCCUCCUGCUGAACAGUACAGCUGGGCUUUGUUCAAUGCCAUGUCCCAUAUGCUAUGUAUUGGUUACGGGCGAUACCCGCCUCAGGCACUUACUGAACUCUGGCUUACGCUGUGCAGUAUGACCAUAGGCGCGACCUUUUAUGCUGUGUUCAUUGGUAUUAUGUCCAGUUUGAUCAUGUCUAUUGAUUCAUCGGGGAGGCUUUACAAUGAAAAGGUAACGCGACUGCUGUUGAAACCCAAGUAAUUGUACUCAGCAUAUUAGUAUAAGCAGAAACUUGGACACCACAGCAGUCACCGAAAUAAUCGUAGGAUAAUGCCUCAAUUACAGCAGAACUUAAGCAAGUUUAAAAUCUGUUUUGUGAAACGAAGUCUUUAAUUGUGAAGAUGAAAUAAUCAGCAAGUCACGAGUGUGGGACAAAGAAAAAAUCAGAGUCCCCGACAGGAUUCGAACCUAUGACCUCCCAAACACCGGGCGGACGCUCUAUCCACUGAGCUACGGAGAACUCAUGGAGAGCGAGACCAAAAACUGUCUAGUUUCAUAAUUGAUACGCGUACUGCAUGCUGCUAGGAUCAGCAAUGUCGAGAUCGUACUGUAUGGUGAAAGAAUGAAAGACUGUACAUUUAAAGCUCGGUGAAACAAAUGUGAAGAUGAAAUAAUCAGCAUGUCACGAGCGUGGGACAAACAAAAAAAAUCUGAAUCCCCGACAGGAUUUGUGACAAAUAAAAGAACCCGAAUCCUGUGUUUAAGUCAGCCUCCGACUUUUCUUUUCUGUCAAGAGACAUUCACGUUGUAAAGCUGGUUUGAUGAAACAUUUUAAGACAAUGAAAUAUCAUCCCAAUUAUGUACGCAACUUGAGGAGGCGUUGCGUGAAGAAAGCCUGAAAAAUAAGUCAGGACUGAACGGGAUUCCAACCCAUGAGCUCUAUGAUAACGGUGCAGUGCUCUUACCACUGAGUUAUCAAGCCAAUUGGAAGCUGAUUGCUUGAUGAGUUCGCAAAAAUCUCUAAAGUAGAGCUGGUAGGAAUACAUAAUUCAUCCCACCGUUUAAAUAUAUGACAUUUCAUAUAUUCACUGAAAAAAUGUUUUGUCGGUGUGAAUGGCGAUUAUGCCUUCCUCUGAAAUCCUGAAAACAUUUGUAACUCGCAGAAUCUUAUCACCAUACUGAUGUGAGGGAGCUGGAGUGAAAUCCUGGUGAUAGAAAAAAAUUUCCUCGUCUCUUCUGUUGUUCCCCCCUGUUGACUCCUUAGUGGAAAGGCGCCUUCUUAUCCAUGACAUCGUCUUUAAAUUAUUUCCAUUCCAGUUAAGCCAAGUGAAGGAAUAUAUGCGUUACCGGAAGCUCCCUUUGCGCAUGCGCUUGAAAGUGGAAGAAUAUUAUGAGCAUCGCUUCCACCAUAAACUAUUUGACGAGGACAUUAUACUCAACGAGCUCUCCAAAGCACUGAGACAGGUACAUCCCUCACAACCAUUAAGACUUGCUAUGACUACGUCCUGUGUUAAGCAUCAUUAUACUAUACAAUCAGCUUUUAGUAUCUGCGGGUGAAAUCGUAUAUGGUAAACUUCUGUUUAUAAGCCAUAAGCCUGGCAGGGGCUUACACAACUUCGUAAGGAAUUUUACGAGGGCUUACACAACUUCGUAAGGAAUUUUACGAGGUCUUGUAAUCGGGAGGGGGGGGGAGUUGAAUCAGGGAGUCUUAUAAAAAAGCGUUUCGAAAAACGUUACAUAGCAGUGCUAAUCAAAAUACUGUUUGAAUUAAAUCGCUUAGUUGAGCUUCAAAACGUCGUCAGAAUUCGAAUUCUUUUCUAUGCAGCUUAGAGGGGGGCUUAUAAUAUAUCCGGGGUAGGUUCAUGACCGGAUUGUAUUUUUACAAGUAGAUGAGUCUAAAACUGGGGGAUGGGGGUAUAAGCGGAACUGCACAGUAUUGCAUGAUUGUUUUGUUAAUUCGAAAUAAAGUUAACAGGUAAUUGAUUCAAUCCAAUCUCGUUCUCAGGGUUGCUAUCCCGAACGUCCCGCGGAGUUCUCUUGCGCGCAUGCACGAACUCUGCAGGAACCUUGGGAAGGAAGUUGGAUUCAAUCAUGUCGCUUGUUUGCUUAAAUCUGGCUCGCCGGUACACGAUGAAAAUGCAGAAUCAGUGGACUUGAGAUAAAAUGAUGUAUUGUUUGUGUGGUCUGUUUGAAAAAGACACUUGACGUCAUUGAAGGAAAUUUAUUCCACCCAAACGUUACGUUAUUGAAUCCAUCAAAAACGGCCUAAGUGGUCCCUGAUAUACUACUGGAUGUGAUUUGCUGCGUUUUAGUAAAGGCCCUAAAGUCGUCUGAAUAAUCAUGUGACAUGGCUAUCGUGAUAUUAUAACAUUUUUUUGUUUCUAACUUUUAGGACAUCUUAGUGCACAAUGUAAGUCCGUUACUUCACACAGUGCCGUUUUUUAGCAACGCCAGCCGCGAGUUUAUCGAAGACAUAGUCAGCAAGCUCAAAUUUGAAGUUUAUCUGACUGGUGAAUACAUAUGUAGAACCGGUCGGAAGGGAGACAAGAUGUAUUUCAUUCAAAGAGGGAUUGUUGAUGUGCUGACAAGAGAUGGAGUUUUAGCAACCAGUUUAGGAGAUGGAUCUCAUUUUGGUGGUAAGACAGAUAACAGAAUAACUUAUUGCAUAGUUAAUAUAGUGGAAUUAUGGUUUUAAGGCCCCCCAGACCCUAAGCUCAGCCUCCAGCGGUGGAUGUCUCGAUGCACCGGCGGUAUUCGAUCUGUCAAGGAAUGUUUUCCACCUACACAGUUUAACGAAGUUGCAGCUGUUAAACAAGCAAGUGUACUUGCUUUUAAACUCCGGCAAAACAUUUGUAUCAUGUAAUCGUACUGAAUAUAUAAGAGUCUAAUUUCCUGAAAUAAUAACGUAAGUGAAUGGAUAUAUUCAUUUGAAGGAGAAUACAGAGGAUAAAAAUAGAUACGAUGUCACAUUCUCCUUGCACAUGCGUACAAAAAAUACCCUCAGAUCCUUGCGGGAGCAAUGGCCGCCAUCUUUAGUUACCAAUCCCCACUGUAAUGCAACUGAUAAACGACUAGUAACCAGGUAUUUUACAGUUUCCAAUCCAAGAUGGCGUCCGUAAUGGGAGGAAAUUCAAACGUCCCCAUCCCCGGGACUUGGCGGUAAUCAAAAGUCCCCAUCGUGGGCGGACUUUCUUUGUCAAAUUCCCGGCCUUUGCCCCUCCUCCCCCCUCCAGAUUAACAUUGUUAGGUGCAUAAUGUAAGGGUCAAGUAAUCUUUACGCUGCUCUUGCACUCUAUUAGGCUGGUGCACGAUAUACCAAGUAGCAAGUCUCGAGUAACGUCACAAAGAACACAACAAUGAUCCCUAGCCCUUGCACCAUAACACAAUAAACUUCACACAAUAGAACGAGACAAUAGUGGAUAUAUUGACUUGCUAUAUCGAGCAUCUCCCCUCUAUUAUAUCUGAUAUGAUCGUUUGACUUUCUGCGAUAUCAAAUUUAGAUUUCGUUUACAUUAAUGAUAAAGUUGCAAAGUUAGUCAAAACCAAUUAUUUCAUUUUUUCGCCCUUUUUUAAGAAAUCUGUCUGUUGACGAAGGAAGCACGCAGGGUAGCCUCGGUCCGAGCAGCGACCACUUGUAACCUGUACUCGCUAGCGUCGCCACAUUUUCAUGAAGUACUUAAGGAGUAUCCUGACAUGAGGAUGAUGCUUGAAGAAGUCGCAAAAGAGAGGCUUACCCGCAUUGGGCUUAAGCCAAACCUUGCAGAACCUCUAACAAAGGAAGGAAUUAUGGACGGAAGGUGA